AUGAAUAGCACGGGUGACCGAUGGCGUGGGCACCGCAAAAUGUUGACCCCGGCAUUUCACUUCCGGAUACUGGAGAGUUUUGUGCCCAUUAUUAAUAAACAACAACACAUCAUGGUCAAAAUUAUCGACGAUAUGUACGCUACAAACGGUGGUGUUGUUGACGAUGUCCGGCCACUCAUCACAAAUUGUGCCCUCGAUAUCAUAUGCGAGACAGCAAUGGGUGUUAGUAUUGACGCUCAGACGGACCCGGAGUCCAAAUAUUCAAAGGCUGUGCGCAAAGUGUUGGACUUAUUUACGGUACGUUUCCUGAGUCCAUGGCUUUGGAACGACACGGUAUUCCAGUUCAGCCCUACCGGCGCUGAACAGCGAAAGACCAUUAAGUAUUUGCACGACUUUACCGAUGCUGUGAGUAUACAGUUUGGUAGCAACCUUGUAAUAGUGCUUGUAAUCCAACGCAAAAAGAAGGAAAUCUUACAGCGCUUAAACGCAGAGUCAACCGACGGUUCAGCCCCGGGGGCUGACAUCGACCAGACUAUGAACGAUAUCGGGACCAAAAGGGUGUUAGCAUUUCUCGACAAUUUGUUGACACAGAAUAUCAAAAAUCCGGAACAGUUUACCGAACGGGAUAUUCGGGCAGAGGUGGACACCUUCAUGAGCGCCGGUCAGGACACCUCAUCGGCCACAACACAGUUUGCCCUUCAGCUCAUUGGCCAUUACCCCGAUGUUCAGGCUAAGAUACACGAAGAACUAGACUCUAUCUACGGUGACGAUCCAACCAGGGACAUUAAGUUUGACGAUUUGCGCCACAUGAAAUACCUGGAAAAAUGCAUUAAGGAGGCUUUGCGUAUAUACCCACCCGUCCUAUUUAUUGCCCGGCGUAUUACCGAGGAGUUUAAGAUUAAGGAUUACAGUAUACCCGCCGGCACUAACUGUAUGGUCCUGUUUUAUCAAUUGCACCGUGAUCCUAAAUAUUUCCCAAACCCUGAAGUGUUUGACCCUGAACGAUUUUCCGCCGAUAGCACCAAUACGCGACACGCAUUUGCCUACACCCCGUUUAGUGCCGGACCUCGUAAUUGUAUUGGACAAAGGUAA